AUGUCGAACCUCAACUCUUGGGAAGACGAUCCGUCGGCCCAGGACGAGAAUCUUUCUCGCCAGGCCCAGCAGCAGCUAAAUAUGAAUCCCAACCAGCAGCAGCAAGGCGGAUACCGCCCCGCCGUUGCUUCCUUUCAGCCCGGCGCUCAAUCUUUCCAGCCCGGCGCCCAGACUUUCACCCCCGGACAGCAAUAUGGCGGAGGAUACGGCCAGCAGUACCAGCAGCAGCAGCAACAACAGCAGUACUACCAGCAAGGAUACUACCCACAGUACGGCCAAGGCCAAGGCCAGGGCGGACAGCAAUUCAGUCAGUACAACCAGCAGGGCUAUGGCGGCAACUUCAGCCAAGGAUACAAUCAAGGACAAGGAUACCCCCAAUACGGUCAGCAGCAGGCCCAGGGCCAAGCUCCGGCUCCCAAGGCCCCUGCUGCUCAGGCAGCUCCUGCGACAUCCGGCGCUCCCCAGCCCGUUGCUACUAAGCAGGGCGGCACCAAGGUUCUGAGCAUUGGUGGUGAAGCUGCUGCCAAGCCCAAGGUCGCCAAGGUGCUCUCCAUCGGUGGAUCGUCUGCCCCGGCCAAGGCGGACGACAAGGCCGAAACCAAGGCUGAUGCGAAACCAGAGCCCACCGACAAGCCAGAAGCCGGACAGAAGACUACAGCUGCUAAGGCUAUCGAGAAGACAGGAGAGAAAACUGCUGCCUCCAGCGGACGCACCUCGCCCACUCCAUCGUCUGGUCGCUCAAGCCCGUCUGGCGGUGAGAAGAAGACUCAGCGCGAGAUUGAUGCCGUUGUGAAGGAACAAACUGCCGACGUCGACGACGAGACUCUGAAGGAGAUUUACGGCAAGGAGCAUGUUAACGUUAUUUUCAUUGGUCACGUUGAUGCUGGCAAAUCGACUCUCGGUGGCUCCAUUCUCUACGCUACUGGCAUGGUCGACGAGCGAACCAUGGACAAGUACAAGAAGGAGGCCAAGGACCUCGGCCGUGAGACUUGGUAUUUGUCAUGGGUCAUGGAUCUGACCAAGGAAGAACGUUCCAAGGGUAAGACUGUCGAGGUUGGUCGCGGUUUCUUCGAGACGGAGAAGCGUCGAUACAGUAUCCUCGACGCCCCUGGCCACAAGACCUAUGUGCCCAACAUGAUUGGUGGUGCUUCUCAAGCCGAUGUUGGUAUUCUGGUCAUUUCGGCCAGAAAGGGCGAGUACGAGACUGGUUUCGAGCGCGGCGGUCAGACCCGUGAGCACGCCAUGUUGGCCAAGACACAGGGUGUCAACAAGCUCAUUGUUGUCAUCAACAAGAUGGAUGACCCUACCGUCGAGUGGUCGCACGAGCGCUACCUGGAAUGCACAACCAAGCUCGCUCAGUUCCUGAAAGGAACUGGCUACAACCUGAAGAACGAUGUCUUCUUCAUGCCCGUCGCUGCUCAGACUAGCCAGAACAUUAAGGACCGUCUGCCUAAGGGCAAGGCUCCUUGGUACGACGGCCCGUCGCUGCUCGAGUACCUUGACAGCAUGAACGCUUUGGAACGCAAAGUCAACGCGCCCUUCAUGAUGCCCGUCAAUGCCAAGUACAAGGAUAUGGGAACCAUGAUUGACGGCAAGAUUGAGGCUGGUGUGAUCAAGAAGGGCAUGAGUCUUGUCAUGAUGCCUCGCAAACAGAAUGUGGAACUGUCCGCGCUAUUCGGAGAGCAGGAAGAGGAAGUUCCUGUGCUGCAGUGUGGUGACCAAGUGCGCCUGCGUCUCAAGGGCAUUGAGGAGGAAGAGAUUCUGCCCGGAUUCGUGCUGUGCUCGCCCAAGCGUCUUGUACACUGCGUCUCCGAGUUUGAGGCGCAAAUCAGAAUCCUGGAUCUCAAGAGCAUCUUGACAUCUGGCUUCAACUGCGUUCUUCACGUGCACUCUGCUAUUGAAGAGGUUACGUUUUCUGCAUUGUUGCACAAGCUGCAGAAGGGAACCAACCGCAAGAGCAAAGCGCCGCCCACGCACGCCAAGAAGGGGGACAGCAUCAUUGCUCGCAUGCAGGUCAUUGGUGGCGCCGGCGCUGUCUGUGUUGAGCGAUUUGAGGACUACGCCCAGAUGGGCCGUUUCACGCUACGUGACCAGGGACAAACUAUUGCCAUUGGUAAGAUUACGAAGCUGAUCCUGGACGAUUAA